AUGGAAGAAGAAGGUAUAGGGUUGGUUCUGGCAAGAGCUACAGAGCUGAGGUUGAAGAUCAGCAACUGCAUCCACAAAGCAAAUGACCCACCACCCAAAAGGGAAAAUGGAAUCCAAGCUGAUGGUGAAGCAGGAGAUGAAGACAGAGAAGAAGAAGAAGAAGGAGAAGAUGAUGAGGCGCAUAAGCUUUUCAACAUUUGCGAUGCCCUUGAAUCCCUUGAGAACCAGCUCUCUUCCUUACAGGCUUUGCAACAGCAGCAAAGGUAUGAAAGGGAAGUUGCCCUUUCUGAGAUGGAAAGCAGCCGAAAGAUGCUACUCAACAAGCUUAAGGAGUACAAAGGGAAUGAUUUGGAAGUGAUACAUGAAGCUUCUGCUUUUGCUGGUGAAACAGUGGAGCACAACAACGAUCUCUUGCUUCCACCAUAUCCAAGCCCUCCACACACUUUUUGCCUAGAAAAUGGCUAUUUGCCACCUACACACAAGUCUCUACGAAAUGGGAUAAUCAAUAGUGAUUCAACAAAUGAAGAAAAGAAGAAAUUGAGCGAGACAGACAGAGAUGAGGUGAAAACUGGAUCCAAAAACUCAAGAGGGUUGGGAUUUGUCCUAAGCACAGCAGCCAAGACCGUGCUUACUAUUGUUGGUGUGGCAUCUGUGUUAAGCUUGUCUGGUUUUGGUCCUAGAUUUGUGAGAAGUAAUACCACUUUCAAAAUAUCAGGCCUUUCUCAGCAACCACCGAGUAAAGAAAAGAGAUCGACAUUGAAUGCCCCCCCGGGAAGAGUCCUUGUUGUGGAAGACGGGAAAGCUCGAUGCGUUGUGAAAGAGAGAGUUGAAGUUCCGUUCUCCUCAGCUGUUGCAAGACCAGAUGUAAACUAUGGUUGCGGUUAA